UUGCCCCUCCCUGUUCUGGCCUGGUCAGUUUCCUUCGGACGGAGAACAAAGGAGCAAAGGUGGGAAAAGAAAGGGGGGGAUAACCCCCAAGCGCCCGUUCUGAAGACCUUUAGGGCUUCUCCAUGCAACCCAAUCCAAUCCAGUCUUAGGCAAAGCAGAGCCCCAACUCCACUCUCUUGCAUGGCUUUACCGCAACCCCGGACUCUUCAGGCUGUCCCGGUGCAAACUAAGCAGCCUCGCGAGGCUGGGUGGGCAGAGCGGCUCCAUUUUCGGCUCUGAGGGUCGACCCCGCCCCGGGCGGUGCCGAGAGAGACCUCCCUGUCUGGAAUCUUAGCGAGCCGCUGCCAGUCAGGGCAGACAACGAUGACCUAGGUGGGCCAAAGCAGGUUCCUCUGUUUCAAGGGGCUGGUGUAUUUGAGGAGGUGUCCUUGUAUUUCACCAAGGAGGAAUGGGUCCUCCUGGAUCCAGGCCAGAGAGCUCUUUACAAGGAUGCCAUGGUGGAGAUUCAUGAGAUGAUCACCUCUCUGGACAAGAGGGCUUAAGGGAGAAAUCCAAAGUCCUGGCUGGGAGCAGCAGGGGGCGCAUUGACCGCCACAUCCAAAGCCCUGUCCAGAGUGAAAGAUGCCUGGGUAUUGACAGCUGAGGGUGGACCAUCAGAAGUAUCAUCUGCCAAAGUUGAGGAGCAGGAAAAGAAACAGAAAUUGAGGAGUCAAGAUGGAGCAGAGAGACAAGAGGGAAGAAAACACCAAAGUUGGAGGUUGAAUCCAGUGUCUCAGGGGGUGAAUAAAAAAUUCACCAGAAAGCUUAUCACCUAAAGGAAAUGAGAAUGUCUCCUGAAUGCAGUAAAAUCUUCAGUCGGCAACAGGUCAAAUUGUACCGUAUGUAAGAGAGUUCACACAGGAGAGAAAGCAUAUGAAUACCUGGCAUGUUCAAAGAGUUUCAGUCAUCAUCACCACCUUAUUUUGCAUCAAAGAUGUCAUGCAAACCUUAUAAAUUCCUGGAGUAUGGAAAGAGCAUCCAUAAGGGUAGCACCCUUACUAAACAUCAAAGAACUUGCUUCAUCCAUCACCAUUUUUUCGGUCAGCAUUGCCAUCUUAUUUCUCAGCACAGCUUCAUUCGGAGUAGCUCCUUUAAAUUGCAUCAAAGAACUCCUACUGGGCUCAAACCUUAUAAAAGCUUGGAGUGUGAUGAUAGCUUCAGUCUCGCUACCUCUUUAAGAUUGCAUCAAAUAACUCAUUCAAGGGACAAACCAUAUAAAUGCCUGGAGUGUGGAAAGAGCUUCACUGAGAGUAGCAACCUUAGUAGACAUCGAAAAAGUCAUAUGGAGUUUAAACCUUAUAAAUGCUUGGAGUGUGGAGAGAGCUUCAGCCAAAGUUGCACCCUUAGUAAACGUCAAAAAACUCAUACAGUCAAGAAACUUUAUAAAUGCUUGGAAUGUGGGAAGAGCUUCAGUUGCAGUAGCUCCCUUACUUCACAUCAAAGAACGCAUACAGGAGACAAACCUUAUCAAUGCUUGGAAUGUGGGAAGAGCUUCAAUUGCAGUAGCUCCCUUACUUCGCAUCGAAGAACUCAUACGGGGGAGAAACCUUAUCAAUGCUUGGAGUGUGGAAAGACCUUCAGUCACAGUAGCUCCCUUACGUCUCAUCAAAGGACUCAUACAGGGGAGAAGCCAUAUAAAUGCUUGGAAUGUGGGAAGAGCUUCAGUCACAAUAGCUCCCUUACUUCACAUCAAAGUACUCAUACAGGGGUUAAACCUUUUAAAUGCUUGAAGUGUGGAAAGAGCUUCAGUCACAAUAGCUCCCUUACUUCACAUCAAAGUACUCAUACAGGGGACAAACCUUACAAAUGCUUGGAGUGUGGAAAGAGCUUCAGUGAGAGUAGCAACCUUACUAGACAUGGAAGAACUCAUACAGGGGUUAAACCCUAUAAAUGCUUGGAGUGUGGAAAGAGCUUCAAUGAGAGCAGCCACCUUACAAAACAUCAAAGAACUCAUACGGGGGACAAACCUUAUAAAUGUUUGGAGUGUGGAAAGAGCUUCAAUGAGAAUAGCCACCUUACGAAACAUCAAAGAACUCAUACGGGGGACAAACCUUAUAAAUGUUUGGAGUGUGGAAAGAGCUUCAGUCAGAGUUGCACCCUUACUAAACAUCAAAGAACUCAUACAGGGAUUAAACCUUAUAAAUGCUUGGAAUGUGGAAAGAGCUUCAGUGAGAGUAGCAACCUUACUAGACAUAGAAGAACUCAUACAGGGGACAAACCUUAUAAAUGCUUGGAGUGUGGAAAGAGUUUCAGUCAGCGUUGCACCCUUACUAAACAUCAAAGAACUCAUACAGGGGACAACCUUUAUAAAUGCUUGGAAUGUGGGAAGAGCUUCAGUCACAGUAGCUCCCUUACUUCACAUCAGAGAACUCAUACAGGAGACAAACCUUAUAAAUGCUUGGAGUGUGGAAAGAGUUUCAAUCAGAGUUGCACCCUUACUAAACAUCAAAGAACUCAUACAGGGGAACAACUUUAUAAAUGCUUGGAAUGUGGAAAGAGCUUCAGUCACAGUAUCUCUUUGAGAUUACAUCAAAGAAUGCAUACAGGGGACAAACCUUAUGAAUGCUUGGAGUGUGGAAAGAGCUUCAGUUGGAGUACCUCUUUGAGAUUGCAUCGAAGAACUCAUACAGGGGACAAACCUUAUAAAUGCUUGGAGUGUGGAAAGAGCUUCAGCCAGCAUUGCCACCUUACUUCUCAUAAAAGAACUCAUACAGGAGUUAAACCUUAUAAAUGCUUGGAGUGUGGAAAGAGCUUCAGUCAUAGUUGCACCCUUACUAGGCAUCAAAAAACUCAUACAGGGCUUAAACCUUAUGAAUGCUUGGAGUGUGGAAAGAGCUUCAGUCAGAGUUUCACCCUUACUAAACAUCGGAGAACUCAUAUAGGGGUCAAACCGUAUAAAUGCUUGGAGUGUGGAAAGACCUUCACGGAGAGCAGCAACCUUAGUAGACAUCGAAGAAGUCAUAUGGGGAUUAAACCUUAUAAAUGCUUGGAGUGUGGGGAGAGCUUCAGCCAAAGUAGCACCCUUAGUAAACAUCAAAAAACUCAUACGGUCAACAAAUGCUUGGAAUGUGGGAAGAGCUUCAGUCACAGUAGCUCCCUUAUUUCGCAUCAAAGAACUCAUACAGGAGACAAACCUUAUAAAUGCUUGGAAUGUGGGAAGAGCUUCAAUUGCAGUAGCUCCCUUACUUCCCAUCGAAGAACUCAUACGGGGGACAAACCUUAUCGAUGCUUGGAGUGUGGGAAGGCCUUCAGUCACAGUAGCUCCCUUACUUCUCAUCAAAGGACUCAUACAGGGGAGAAGCCAUAUAAAUGCUUGGAAUGUGGGAAGAGCUUCGGUCACAAUAGCUCCCUUACUUCACAUCAAAGUACUCAUACAGGGGUUAAACCUUUUAAAUGCUUGAAGUGUGGAAAGAGCUUCAGUGAGAAUGGCACCCUUACUAAACAUCAAAGAACACAUACAGGGGACAAACCUUAUAAAUGCUUGGAGUGUGGAAAGAGCUUCAGUGAGAGUAGCAACCUUACUAGACAUGGAAGAGCUCAUACAGGGGUUAAACCUUAUAAAUGCUUGGAGUGUGGAAAGAGCUUCAGUCAGAGUUGCACCCUUACUGAACAUCAAAGAACUCAUAUAGGGGUCAAACCAUAUAAAUGCUUAGAGUGUGGAAAGACCUUCAGUGAGAGUAGCAACCUUGCUAGACAUCGAAGAACUCAUACAGGGGUUAAACCUUAUAAAUGCUUGGAGUGUGGAAAGAGCUUCAGUCAGAGUUGCACCCUUACUAAACAUCAAAGAACUCAUACAGGGGACAAACCUUAUAAAUGCUUGGAGUGUGGAAAGACCUUCAGUGAGAGAAGCAACCUUACCAGACAUAGAAGAACCCAUACAGGGGUUAAACCUUAUAAAUGCUUGGAGUGUGGAAAGAGCUUCAGUGGGACUAGCAACCUUACUAGACAUCAAAGAAUUCAUACAGGUGACAAAAUCUGCUAAUGUUUAGAGUGUGGAAAGAAGUUCACUCAGCAUUGCCAUCUUACAUUACAUCAAAGUACUCAUACAGGGGACCAGCCUUACAAAAACUUGGAAUGUGGAAGGAGCUUUUAGCAUAGUUCUAGGCUAUAUGUGCAUCAAAGGAUGCAUACAGGGGAGAAAUCUUACAAAUGUCUGGAAUGUGGAAAAAGCUUCAUCCACAGUAGAACCCUUACUUGGCGUCACAGAACUUAUUCGUCAGAUAAGCCUUAUAAAUUUUUGGAGUGUUUAAAUAUCUUUGUUGGAGUAGUACCCUUACUUUACAUCAAAGAAUUCACAGGAGGAAACAGCUUUAAUCAGCUUGCCAUUCUUCAUUCACAUAAAAGGAUCCUUAAUAUAGAGAAAUCAUAAAAAGCUGAGAGAACGGAAAGAGCUUCUGUCAUAGACACUACGUUAGAUACUCAUGAAAAUUCAGUAUGAGACAUAUAAUAGUUACGCUCAGACUUGUUAGAAACAUUUACCAUUCACUUCUCAGUACAACUCUGCUAUGUAAUAGGUGCAUGUAGCACAUACCAGUGGAAGGAAUUGUUGGAAAUGUUUGAACUGUUAGGAAAGUUUCAGUGAAGAUUGUUAAUGAGCUCAGUUUUGGGAGCAGAGUCGUAAGCAUGGUGAAGGUGAAGUGGAAUAAAGGAGCUACGGAGUUGAAUGGAAGAAAAAGUUUCGUCAAGAAAUUCUUGCUUUAGACAGAUGUAGACCUGAAUGUCUGGCUUGCAGGCAGAAAUGUUUUGCUUUCUAGAGUGUGAGAAGCAGAGAUGCUGACCAAGCUUUAGCCAAACUAAUUUUGAAGAUUUGUUACUCCAUGUGACUAACUGUCGGGUGAACUUUGUGAGUCUCCCUGUACCCUGAUAAGGAUUAGGAUCAUGUCAGCCUCUAAAACGAUGGGAAACUGUUUCUGCAGGUGUUUGUCCCGUGACUUCUCAUUUACCAAUAAAGGACUGAAUCUUUAAUAAUAAAAACUGAGGCGUGAGAAAAGGAGAGAAUGGAAUGCAGAAAAGUUGGGGUUUGUUUUGUGAUCAAAAAAAUCCUCAGCUACACUAGAACUCACUAUAUUUAUUGAUUGAUAGUAUUUGUGCCCUGAAGUUCAGCCAAAAGAGCUCCCAAAGUAGCCUACAUACAAUCAUUUAAAGUGUGAGAGUGCCUGCACGCAGGGUUACAGUCUGAAGAGAAUUAUGGCAUACAAGGGAGAAGGGAUAGGGAGGGAAGAGGGAAAAAGCAAACUCAGGUACCAAUUCUUAUAUAGUACGACUUGUGAUGUUUGUCAAGAACAGCUAACUGGUCAAGGCCACCAGAGAGGAUUCUGGGAGCCCAUUAUUACCUAGGACUCCCUACCGGGGGAGAUCGAAGCUCAGUGUCAGACAGGCAAUUUGCAACCUGGGCAGGGGGAUGUAACUGAUCCCUAGCUGUUAUCCCUUAUCAGCUUCCUGGGAUUAGAAGUCAGGAAGGUGUGUGUGGAUCAGAACCCCUGGGGGAGGCUGACUAGCUCCCUUAUCUUCAAAGGCUUCAAAGGAGUAGACCCCUGCAGGGGCGGGAUAUGACUGUUUGCUUUCCCCCCUCCUUGUUGACCAUUAAACCCCAUAAAAAAGGAAGGAUAAACUUCCAGUUCCCAUUUUUUUCCAUCUAUUCGACUUGCCGGAGAUAUGACAGAGAAAGCCAGGCUGAUCUAUGUAAGUAUAGGACCUAGCUAGUAAGUUCUUCAUUUUACCUCUUUGUCUGUAUUGAACCUCUCCCCUUUUGUCAUGCCAAUGUACCUGUGUAACCCAUCUGGGAGUGAUAGCUUUAAGGAAUCAAAUCAUUGUUCUCUUUGUACAUACUAUGCUGUUUACCUUUAAAUAUACUAUCAUUUCAUGAACGGUGUGUGUUGGAUUGGAACUAAGGAUUCUAAAUUAUACAGCCAUGAGAGUGGCUGUAUACUAUAGCCAGCAGGGAUUUUUCACAUUCCACAAUGUUAAAUUGAAAAUCCCUCCUCAUGCCAUUCUGAUGCUUCCCAUAAGCUCAUUUCAAAACAAAACCUUACAUAACUUAUAGUCCUGAACUCAGAAACGCUUGCUUAACAACCCUGUCAAUUUUCAUGGCGAUACACAAAACAGUCAGAGAGAAUCAAGAGUUCAAAAUCUAAAAAGAGAGAAAAAAAAACUCAGAGCCCUUUUGUACUUUUUUCUGCGAGUUCUCAUAAUCUGUUGAAAUUCAUUAAAAAUCACCCAUGUUCACAGAGUACCUGUAAUCCUAAUACUGACGUUGCCCCAUACUCUGACCUUCAUCUGCUGCAGUUUAAAAGUUUUAAAAAUGCCUGGCUGAUUUUUAAUUAAUUAAAUAAAUUUUGGCUGGGAUCCAAUGAUAGCGCGGAGCAUGGUCAGUAAGAAGCAACUGUCAGUUCUAAAAGCCUCACAGCUGCUGGGCUUGCCUAAACAGAGGGCCGCACCCACACCAGACUUUGAUUUCAUGUGAGACAGUCAUGGCUUACCUCAAAGAAUCCUGGGAAGUGUAGUUUGUGAAGGGUGCUAAGAGACUCCUAUUCCCCUGAGAGAAUGGUUUAACAUUCAGCCACUCCGAUUGAAGGUCUGUGAGGGGAACAGGGCGUCUCCUAAGCAACUCUCAGCACCCUUCACUAACUACACUUCCCAGGAUUCUUUGAGAGAAGCCAUGACUGUCCAAAGUGAAAUAAAGGCCUGGUGUGGAUGUGGCCAGGGAAAGCUUUGGUUUAAAUUUGGGUGGGAGGCUACAUGUGUCUGCUGUAGAAUAAAAAGGUGGGGGAAAGCCUGAAAAAGAGUGAUUCUGUUUACAAUGUUUUCCUUUUGGAAAGGAAAGGGGCUUCCCUUCUGCCCAGUGCCCACCCACCCAAUCUCCUCCCCUCCCACUCCCUGCCCCUUCCCUGGGUCAGUGUUGGACUACGACCUGGGAGACCAGGGUUUGAAUCCCCACACAGCCAUGAAGCUCACUGGGUGACCUUGGGCCAGUCACUGCCUCUCAGCCUCAGACAAUGAUGAAAUCACCUCUGAAUACCGUUUACCAUGAAAACCCUACUCAAAGGGUCACAAUAGGUGGGGAUUGACUUGAAGGCAGUCCAUUUUCAUUUUCAAACAUGAUUGCAUAGAAAUAAAUCCCACUGAACUCAAAAAAUAUGCAAAUGAUCAAACCCACCCUCCCUUCUCUUUCCUCCUAUCCCCUCCUCUUGCCCCUUCCCUCCCCCUUCCUUUGCCCCUCACUCCCCAUCCUCUUCCAAUCCCCUCUUUCCCCUUCCCCCUCCUCCCCUUCCUCCUCCCCAUGGUCAGUUUUACCUAUCUUAAACAUGAUUGCAUGGAAGUAAAUACCAUUGAACUCUAUAAGCAUGCAAAUGAUCAAACCUGCUCUCCCCUCCAUCUUCCUUUGCCCCCCUCCAAUACGCUCCUUCCCACUCCCACUCCUCCUCCCCCAUGGUCAGUGUUUUCUAUCCUAACCAAGAUUGCAUAGGAGUAAAUCCCAUUGAAAAUAAGCAUGCAAAUGAUUAGACCUGCUUUUCCCCUCUCCUCUCCCUUCCUCCUCCCCUGCCCACUCCAGCCCUCCCUCCCUCCCUCCCCCGGUCAGUUUUACCUAUCCUAAGCAUGAUUGCACGGGAGUAAAUCGCACUGAAUUUAAUAAACAUGCAAAUGAUCAAACCUGUCCUUCUCCUCCCCUCUCCAUCCUACCUCCUCCUCUCCCAGUCCUCCCCUCUGCAUUUCCUCCCCUCCCUCCUCGUCCCCUCCCUAUCCUCUGUGGUCAGUUUCACCUAUCCUAAGCAUGAUUGCAGGGGAGUAAAUCCCAUUGAACUCAAUAAGCAUGCAAAUGAUCCAUCCAUUCUCAGCAAACUUGGACAGGAUCCCAUUUCUUACCUCCCGGAUUAAAAAGCAGGGAAAUUCACUAUUAGGCAAAAAACCUUGCGGUUUAAGAACAUACCUAUAGCCCACAGCUAUUCUAUCAAACUUUAAAAAGCAGGGAAAUUGGGCAGCUAUAGUGAAUGCACCAGGGGAGCAGGAGACCUGAUAUCCUCUCUGACAUAUUGUACUGCUCUACAAAUUGGUCAAAAUGCAAACACCAUUUGGGUUGGUCUUUCACAGUCCAAUCCACUUCCUGUGUAGCUUGGAAGAAUUUGGUGUUCUUAUGGUGAGUGGUGGCAACACUUACAAUCUCCAAAGACAGAGAAUUAUAUUUUUGUAUGUUUGCUGGGGUUCUUCUUACUUUGCUUCUUUCCUGUGUUAUUAACGUUUCUACAGAGAAUCUACACUAGAAAAUUUUAUUUCCCUCAUUAUUCAUCCCAGAAAUCGGUGUCAAAUUUAUCUUUAUUAAUUUCAAAGCCUUUUUAUUGGUCAGUGUCAUAUGAUGGUGAAGACACCCUUUUGUGUUUCAAAUUGGAGGUUAUGUUCUAUUUCUAUUUUGGGUGCAUUAACAGUGGAAUUUGGACCUGCAGUUUGAUGAAAAAUCAGACUGAUUCCAAUGUGUUGCUACUUCAGCAAUGACUCUAGCUGUUGGAAGAAAUGUCUUCUUGACUGCUGAAUGCUACUGUUACUGUUAGUUAAUGAGGGUUAAUCCCUUGGAAUUCACAUUGGACUCUGAGGUCCCUUCCCUCAGAGAAAGGAACCGGGAUGAAGGGUGGUGGCAAUUACUACGGAAGUAAUUACUCCUGAAAGAGGGAGAGUUUGCCUGGGAAGCAGCGGCCCAGAGGGGUGGGACUGUUCUCAGAAGCAAAGACACCUCCCUUGGACAACUAAGGACAAGGGACCCCUGGAGGACAAGUCUUUGACAAUGUUCUCCCUACUUUCUGAUGAAAAGGUUCUUAACUACUCUUUUCUUUAAUUUUAUUUUUGCUUGACUCCUGGUUUUUCUGCUAGAUUUUUGCUUGUUCAGGGCCUUUGUAACCCAUCUUGGCUUUUUCCUUCUCUUUCAGAAGAGAGGGGAUUUCUUGCAUUGAACAGGACUGUUCCACAGUUUUGAGGGUGUUUGUGGCCGGUCUGGGGCCUUUGCGGCCUAGUUUGCUUUUUUACCUUCUCUUUCAGAGCAGAGAGGAUUUCUUGCUUUGAACCCAUCCCUUUAGUUUUGUGGGUGUUUGUAGCCAUUCUCCUCUAAUUCAGUCCUUUGGGGCUGGAGGUUUGGCUCAUAAACAGCUCAACCGAUCUUGCUUUUCUGGUGUUUAUAUAUAUCAGUUUCCUGUUGUAUUAUUUUUGCUUAUUCCAAGGUGAGGUUUUGAUUUAACAAUUUUCCUUUCCCAACCUUUUCUGUUCAUCCCUGUUCUUCUGAAUCCUAUCCGUAGGACCCUACGUUCAUUUGGUUCCUUAGAAUCCCUGUUUGAGUAGGUAGCUAUCAUAUUCUUUCUUUUGUCUUAAUAUUUAGGAUAAAUGUCUAUAUAGUUGUAACAUAGCAAAGCUUUAACUCUUUUGGACUAGUGGAAGGGGGUAAAGGAAUGUAGAGUUGCAUAAUAGUUAAAAUUAUUGCUAGCUUUGCAUGCCAUUAUUAUUUUUGUAAUAAUUACACUGCACAAUGUUCUUAGUACAGUUUACUUAGCCAUAUUCUAUCUUUGGUUGUCCAUUAAUAGUUAUUUGCAUCUAGUGAUCCUUAUUUCUCCCUUCUCCAGGAUUCAGUAAUGUGCAGUGGCUUUUCUUUGAUAUUACCAUGCUCCUCUCUUUCAAAGACUGAAAUGCAUUUGUUGGGAUUCUGCUGAUGUAUUUAAAGUAAAUCUUUCAAAACAAAGGGAGUGUAGCCUUUCAGAUCGCCCCUCUGCACUGAUGAAAAGACUCCCAGAGGAAGGAGCUGUUGGGAUAGCCUGUCUCCAGACAAAAUCACGGCAUGUGAUCCUGCUGCUGCCAGAGCGGAGAAGAUAGGAGCAGGGCCUAGUCGGUGUCAGUGCCACAGCUUUAAGACUUUCUUCCCCAUCUCAGUUUGGAACUUGUGUCCCUUCAGAUGUUGUUGGUCUCUCCACUCCCAUCAGCCCCGUCUGCAUGGCCAGUCAUCAGGGAUUAUGGCAGGGAUAUUCCUGCAACAUCUGGAGGGCCAGAGGAUCCCAAUCCCUGUUAGAAUUGAUGGAUAUGUACAUGCUUAAUUAACACGUGGAAACAUUUUUGGUUUCCAACAUGUAAAGAAAGUAUUCUGGAUAUUUCAUUGCUCUUUUAAUGUUUUGGGAAAGGAAACAUCUUGGUAUUUGUUUCUGUUUGUCAUCGAGUCUGGGCUGAUUAUGUUUUAACUGCUUUCUGCUUUUUUUGCUGUUUAAAAACAUACAUAAUAAACCUGAGAA